GAACCCACGAGCUCACUCCACUCUCUUUCUCUCUGACUCACUUUCCCUCUGUUCCUCUCUGCAACUCCAUGUCGAUUUUUCAGGGAGUGAUGAUGGGAAACUGAUUUUUAGUGGGCAAAUAAAGGAGCCAAAAAACACAGUAAAAAAAGAUAUAACCCCCACUCCCACACAUAACGAUGAUCAUGGUUCAUGAUCAUCACCGCUCAUCCUUUUGUUUCCAUUCUGGGUUUUAUUCCUCUCUCGUUUUCAAUUUCCUAAUCCUGGUUUACCACAGUGACUCGUCUUGUGUUUUUUUCUGCCAAACCCUGAAUCGUCGUCUCUCUGAUACGAACCAAUUUUGCUGAGUUAAUAGUGGAGGGUAAAAACAAAAGCAAGAAAGGUGAAGAGAAAAUUAAAGCCUGCCCAACAAAAGAAGGAACAAAAAUACAAACUUUCUUUGUUCAGAUGUCUGAUGCAUGCACGUCUUGUCCUUCGAUCACGACUCUUGGGCCUCUCCUUUCAGCUGCUUUCGGAUUCUUUUCUCUUUCUCUGAUUGAUUGAUUCACAUCACAACAGAGCUCUUCAGAGGAAGAAAGAAAGAAAGAAGAGCGAGAAAGUCGCGGAAGAACUGUGUGAGCUCAGCUCUUUCUAUUUUUGAUACUUCCCUCUACUGGGUUUUUUCUGUCAGUCUUUUUCAAAAAAAAAUGGAGGUCACAGAGUUGUAGCAGAGAAUAGUUUCCGUGGAAUCUUUUCUGCAAUUUCUGGUUUCUGGGUUCUUUCAAAAUGAGGGUUUUUGACUGUGCUAGAGCUUAGUAACAACUCUUGUUUUCAAAGUCUUGUUUUUCUCUGUGAGUUUCAAGGUUCUCAAUUUUCCUGUGGAUUUGUAGUUUCUGUCUUGAUUUUGCAGACGGUUUGUUUAGUCUUUAAACCUCUCUAAUGGCGGACAGUAACUCUCUGCCUUCUCCUAGACCCGUUUCAUCUUUCUUCUCCACUCCGAGAUUGUUCACUAGCUUCACCUCAAAACCCUUCUCUGAAACUGAAGCUGUUAUGAGCCCAACUUCCAUUCUGGAAACUAAGCCAUUCUUUGGUCUAAGAAACCCAUUCUGGUCCGAAUCAAAUACACCCAAAACCCCAGAACCCGAAACCAAACGCCACUGGGACAAAUUGGACUCCAAAGGCAUUGGCCUUGCCAUUGUUGAUGCUCUAAUCGACGAUGAUGGCUCUGAUCCAAAACCAUCAAAGCCCCAAAGCCGAAUGGUUAUUUUCGGUUCACAGCUCAAGAUUCAAAUCCCUCCUCUGCCAUCCUCUGUUCUUCCCUCUUCUGAAUCACCAAAACUUGAAGCCGUUUUCGGAAUCGAAAGAACGAAUUCUCCUUUGGGUCCUUUCUCUUCCAGCCUGUCUCAAUCUCCGGCUAAGAAAUCCCCAUUUGGGACUGUCCGUUCCGGCAUUGAGACUCCUGUUUCGCCUCAGGUUUUCAAGGGGUGUCUCUCUGUUAGUGAAAUGGAGCUCUCUGAGGAUUAUACUUGUGUGAUUUCUCAUGGGCCAAAUCCAAGAACUACUCAUAUAUUUGACAACUGCGUUGUGGAGAGCUGUGAUGGUGUGCCUGAACUUUCCCCAAUCCGGAAGGAAAACGUGUCAAGUUACCCGUCUGAGAGUUUCCUCAGCUUCUGCUACCAUUGCAAGAAGAAUCUUGGGCAGGGCAAAGAUAUUUACAUGUACAGAGGUGAGAAAGCGUUCUGCAGCAGUGAAUGCCGUUAUCAGGAGAUGAUGUUGGAGGAAGAAGGAAGCUGACGAUGUUUUAUGGGAAUUGUUCCCGACAGAAACGCUUCACUGAAAGCAAAAUUAAACAAAAAAAGAAAAAGAAAAAAAGAAGCUUAAUAAGUCCUUCACCAUAGGCUUCUUCUGUUAAUUUCUUCUUUGUUGCUAAAUAAUAGGGAAGGAAUAGUCUUUGUAACAUCAAACAUAUGAGUCCCUCAUGAAAGACAAAGAUGGGGUUGAAUUUUUCUGGGAAAAUGCAUCCCUUUUUCUUUGGUUUUGUUUUUAGUCUAUUUUUCUGGGCUCCCCUCCUUGUAGAGAGGUAGAGGAAUGAAGCGCUGAGAUGUAUGUAGAGUUGGAAUUGUUAUGAAUUGAGUAAUGAAAUUGCUGUUGGAUCUGGCAUC